AUGAAGUACCAUCGUCUGGCAUCUCUCGGCGCAGCCCUUCUCGGUGCCGCAGCCAACGUCUCUGCGAGUCCAUUGGUCGUGCAAGAAGAUGCCGGCCAGUGUCCUCGGGGCUACACGAUGAGCAUCAAGACUAUUAUCGUGUACCCGACGACCUCUGCGACUCCCUCGCUGUCGUUCGCGACUCCUUCGUCUUCAGUUGUCGCGGUAGAGACGAAGACUCCAUCGCCAUCGACAGAUAAUGUUAUAGCUUCGGUGUCUUCGACUCCAGCUCCUGAGUUGCCUGUUCCUGAAUCUACACAACCGGCUGUUCAGACCUCGUCUUCUUCGACGGAGAGUACCGUGGCUGUGACUGUAGCCCCUACUACUACAUCUACAAGCGAGGAGACAUCGACCUCGACCUCGACCUCUACAGCCGAGGUUGUCAGCAACUCUUCUUCCUCGUCCUCUUCUUCAGGCUCUUCUGGACACAAUUCCGGCGAGGCCACCUACUACGGCGGCAACAUCUCAGGUGGAACCUGCUCGUUCUCUGGAUAUACUCUGCCCAGUAGUAUGUUUGGCGCGGCCUUAUCGGCAGACAGAUGGGACGACGCAGCCAGCUGCGGCGCCUGCGUGUCUAUCACAGGCCCGAUUGGAAACUCGAUCAAAGCAAUGGUCGUCGACCAAUGCCCCUCCUGCCAAAGCAACCACCUCGACCUCUUCGAAAACGCCUUCACCGAGCUCUCCGCCCUGGCCUCCGGCGUCAUCGACGUCAAAUGGUCCUACGUAUCCUGUGACCUUGACGGCCCGCUGACCCUGAAGAACAAAGAUGGUACCUCGGAGUACUGGUUCUCGAUGCAGGUCGUCAAUGCCAAUGAGCCUGUUACUACCUCGCGUACCUACUACAACUUCUUUGAGAAGAAGUCGGGCUUUGGGACGGACACCGUCGAUGUGAGGGUGACGGGCAAGUCUGGGAAGAGCGUUGUUGUGAAGAGUGUGGGGUGUGGCUCGGAGACUGAGGUCAAGGCGGAUUCGAACUUUUAA